AUGGCGUUUUUCGAUCCAUUCCUCGACAAGCGGACGCGGACUCGAGAAGGGGGCUUGGGCGCCCCGCUCGACACCGACGAAGACCCCGCUGCUGACCCGUGUCUCCCUGCGCAGUCUCCUCCUUCUGGCCUGCCCUCGGAGGAGCCUGCAGCGGAGGGCGACGCUCCCGACGCGUUCGCCUUCAGCGGCUCUGCGGGCUACACCGGCGAAAGCAGUUUGGAAGAGAGCGCACCGGCGUUCGACCUGAAAGCCUUCCACAGACACGUGCGGGAGGAUGACAGCCUCCACAGCAGCGCAGGCGCCGCAGCGCGAGGCGCGGGGGAGAGCGAGGACGGCAGCUUCUUGCCUGAGUCGCCUGCGGAGCCCUUCUCGCACCUGGAGCAGAGGCGGACCCCCGCGCCGCGGACGCGGGGUGAGGGCUUACGCCACACGCGAGAUCCGCUGGCUCCCCAAGACGACGACCGGAGCGACGACGACGGCAACAUCUUUGCCGCGUCGUCCUCCACGGGCCUGUCAGACGCGCAUCCGCCCCCAGAGAGCGCUUCCCAGACAGAUGCGCCGUGGACGGAUGUGCCAGGGCCUUCCUGGGAGGCGCUCGACCAAGAGGCGCGGAAGGAGCCUUUCAGUUUCAUUGACUUCGAGCCCGUCCCCUGCUCGCCCGUCACAAACUUGCCGUAUCUCUCCUCGCUCUGCCCGAACGCCCAGCAGGAAGUCGCGAAGAAAAUGCGUCCUGACGUUCUGAGACCGUCAGACACGCUGCAGCUGCCGCUGUACCAAGCCGAGCUUUUGAUGAGUCGCGGAAAGAUGAAAAUCAAGUUCCCCUCGUUUUACGAAUUCGCCAUCAUUGACGCCCUGGUCAAGGACCCUCUCACGGUGGAUCUCGCCGCUCACUGCCUCUUCUACUUUGACCUCGGCCUGUACCUCUGCUCGUUGUUGCCGCCGUACGACUGGCCCGUGCAGCACCUGCGCGAGACGCUUCGCAGCGCUCGGCAUCGCCGGCGAGUCCACAUCAUCACGCACCACAGAGUUCUCGAGAAGCAGUUCGUCGGUCGUCUGACUUUCCCGGAAAUCUGCGUCUUGAAAGAGAUGCAGAAGGAGCAAGCGGGCCCGCGGGGCCCGUUCAGCGGAUGA